AUGUUUAAAGCACUAGUCAUAUUUUCAUUUUUGCUAUGGGAGGCGAGAGGAGAAAUAAAUAAUGACCUGGAUCCCCGCGUAGUUGGUGGUGAGGACGCAGCUGAAGGCUCUGCCCCUUUCAUAGCAUCGCUCAGACGUAUUCGUCACGUCCAGGGACGCACAGAAACAAUGCAUUUCUGUGGUGGCACCAUCUUAACUCAGAAAUGGAUUUUAAGCGCAGCUCAUUGCACUUAUAGAGUCCCAGCACACAGUAUCCAAGUUAGGGUUGGCACAAACAAACGCACUUCUGGUGGGAACUCGUACGACGUAGUUUCCAUCGUCAUUCACGAGAAUUAUACUGCAAAUACAUCGAAGAAUGACAUUUCACUUCUUAAGAUCUUUGGUUCUAUCAAGUUUGAUACUAACAUUCAACCAAUAAAGCUACCAACGAGUAAUAUAGGCCCUGGAGUAAUGUGCAAACUCACGGGAUGGGGUAAGAUUGAUUCACAGGCAGUUCCUGAAAACCUUCAAGUGGUCUAUAAUAUAAUUACAAUAUCUGUGGAAGAGUGCAAUAGAAGGCUUGCUAACGUGACAGAGAAAUUUCUUCCAAUCAUUGACAAACAGCUUUGCACAAUAACUAAGGAAGGAAAGGGCUCGGGUCAAGGAGACUCUGGUGGACCCCUCAUUAGUGAUGGUGUACAAGUUGGCAUCGUCUCUUGGGGUGUUCCUUGUGCUCAGGGGAGACCUGAUGUUUUAACAAGAGUAUACAGUUACGUGAAAUGGAUAAAUAAUUACAUUUCAAAUGAAUAG